GUUGCUACGUAAACAACAGUUCCUGAUCGCGACUUUAGGAUCAAUUUAAGGACCAAUCGAUAAUCAGCAUGAACAGAAUUUGUUACAUUUUUUUAAUGGCACGGCCUUGGUUGUCCUUGAUUGAUUGAAUGAAUGAUUGAUUGACUGAUUGAUGGAUUGAUUGAUUAAGUGGUGAGGAGAAAUCAAACUUCACAGAAAAUGAAUUAAUAACCUAAAACAUUGUCCUGUGGAACUCCACUCACAAUACACAAAAUAGACAACAGUACGGGACUCAUUCAAAUUAAAUAAUAUUAAUAUUAAAAUAAAUUUGUAAUUCUGGGAACACUUCAUACAAAAGUUGUGUGCGUGCGUGUGUGUGCGUGCGUGCGCGAAUGUGUGCGCGUGUGUGUGUGUUAAUCCAAGCAGCUAAAGCUGGGGGCAACGGUAACACAAAGUAGUGAAUCAUACAUCCUAGCAACAAGCAUACAUUCAUGCUCUAACCCAAACUUAGGAGGUAGCAGGUACGUCCAUUCUAUUUUUCUUAAACUUUCCCACCUUAAGGAAUUCCACCAGAUCCAUGUAUAGGAUCAUAACACCAUUGACCCUGGAAUAUAUGCUCAUUUAAUAAAUGCUUUUUUUAGACGAGAUAGGAAUUAACACCAUGGAUUUGUCUCUGUCGCCGCUGAGUCGGGGGUACGCUCGAGUCUUCACUGCGAGUACAGGCGAUCAUGGCCGACUGGACGUCUGCUACACGCCACAGGACUACUAUAUCUGGAAAUCCCAUGAUGCUCUCCUGCAUCUGACCAACAGCGGAAGCCUACUAGGGAGUGAAGCGUCAACAAUCCCGAAGACAUAUAGCACUCGCCGAGGCCCUCUUGUUCUGUACUCACAAGACUUGGUUAUGCUAGGAACUGAACAUGGGUCAGAGGUGUCAGGCAGGAGGAGGCGGGUCACACGGCAGGAAGUGGACCACAGCUCAGACGCUCGCCUUUUGCGUCAGCAACAGAAUGGUCGGUUGACCUCCAGAUUUGCCGCGCCUACCUUACCUCCACUUCCAAACAUCCGUCAUGCAAGUGUUUGCCAUCUUUAUAAUACACGAGCACACCACCAUACGGAGUUGCUUGGUGACCCUGGAAAAAACAACUCCCGUCUGGAGAAUCCACCUAAAGAUCAGAAUGAAAAACAGGGCAGUGACCGACGGGUCCAGUUGGAUCUGGUCCUUGAUCUGCAGACCUGUAUAGACCACAUAACCCUUGAAGAACAAGAAGAAUUUCAGGCACGACCAGAGGGUUCCAACAUAGCUAAAGUUCAUCACAAGCAGUGCCUACCUCCUGGAGAAGACAACACAAUGGGGCAUGCCAGUGGGACACGGACUCGGCAAGAAGUCCGAACAGAACCGGGAUGGGUCGAAUUUCACCCCCAAGUAUAUCCGGAGGAUUGCCAUCAUCGUCCCUUGUUUCUUCCUCUGUUACUCCCUGUUAAAAAAUACGGUGAGAAAACAUCUUAUUGGUGUUUUCCCUUGUGUAAGAUUGUGUUAUUCAUCCAUACAGAACAAAUGAAGUGUAAAAGGAAAGCAAGAGGAAGGGUCAAAACUGCAAAAGAAUUCUGCGAGGAGAUGUUGCAGCAUGGGCAACAGUUGAAGAAAUCAUCAGAGGUUCUGCUGGGCCUAGCACAUGCGGGAGUCUCUAGGUGUGUUUCAGGAUGCAGAGGUCCAGGCAGGCAGAGCUCUUCAGCCUUUACACAUAACCGAGUACCCGAUCUCCACGAUUCCUGUUCCUCCAGCGACUCUAAGAGAAGUGUGGUCAGGGGAGUUCUACCACUGGAGCUAAGAGAUUGGCAGAAAGGCCAAGCCGCUGGAUGUGUGAUUCUUGGCCCUGACGGGGAAAUUAUCCAACUGUCACUCUAUGACGACUACCAGCACCAAGUCCUUGGUGACGACAAUGACGCAGAACAGAAAGCUUUCCAGGUUUUGUCUGCAGAUGGCGAGACGUUACCCUUUGUCAUGGUGCUGCAUCAUGAACACACACAUGCAGAAGAAGAUGAGGAGCUCAGCUCAAAUAUACUUUCUGGCGAUGUUCAAUAUGACACAACUUGUUUGGAUCUUUGUAAAUCUUCAGAGUCUGACCUAAGACCACCCAGCAGCCUUGCUAAUUUAGUGGUUACAACAAAUGAAAAUAAAAAGAGAGCAAAUCCAAUGGAGGAAACACGGUGGGAAAACAAACAAGAUGAAGAUGUUCAAAACAAAGUUGAGAAAUUGUCACCAAGGAAACAGCCUCCUCCUGCAGGAGGCUGCACAGCGGAGCACGAGGAGGUCGCUGUACAUCUGCCAAAAGCCAGUUCAGGACGUACCGACCAGCUUGGGAACGACACGGCUCCCACACAAGAAUCUGGACUCAGUACCACCUCCAUCCAGCAGGGUAUUGCAACUAGAAAACCACUGGGAGAGGAAACUGCGGUUGGACUGCAGAAGGACGUCGAGACUAACAUCGCAAAGGAAGCUGCGGGUGCUUAUUCAAACCUUGUGAACCCUACACGGAAAACUGUCAAGUCACAAGAAGAAGGGCAGAUGCGAUCCAGAAAGAACAAAGUUGGAAUUGUGAGAAAGCAGAAGAAAGAAGACACGAAUGCUCAUCAGUCUAAAAUCCACACGGAUGACAAUCAGGCAAAGAAAAAUGCAACAGAGACCCAAAAACAUUCUGCAGUAACAUCUGUGAGAAAGAAGAGAAGGAUCAAAGAAAGAGAGAACAGUGAGAGGAGGACGAAGGAAAAAGGAGAGAAAGAAAGGAUGGAAGAGUUGAUCGGAAGAACGCGACGAACCAAGCCAAAUCACAACAGAAUAUCACAGCAUGAUGGUCUUAAUGUUCCCUCUCAUAAACAACUCAGUGAUGGUCUGGAGAAUGAGGAAGUGGCAGCUGAACAGGAAACAGACGAAGGCUUUUACCUAAAGCCCCCCAGACACUUUGACGAAAAACCAAAAGCUGAUACCUCCAUAAAAGAAAACCACGAGCGCCUUUCCGCUGAUGACAAAAACAGCACUGACGGCAGUGUUCAUUCAGUUGGAUUCCAAAUGUCUCCUUCUGUGUCCUUGGGCCUAAAUGGGAGGAGCUCUCUGAGGUCUUCCUCCGAGGGUCUCUCGGCUGACAUGAGGGUCCUCACAUCCUCUCAAGGUCAACUGUCGUCGUGUUCCACCAUCAUGGUAACCGAGGAACAGCUGAUGUUAAAACUGGUGAAGACUGAGACCUCCAGAAGCAACGAGGAAGUGACCCGUCAUCACGCUGAGCGAGCUGAGAUACGAAGGCAGGAAGCAGAGAGGAGGAGAAGGGAACAGGAGGAGGAAGAAAACAUGCAGCGGCAGGAGGAAAGAAAGAGGGCGAAGGAGAACAUAAAGAACGAACUGGAGGAAGACCGGAGAAGAAGAGCUGAACAUCUCAGAAUGAGGAAGCUCGCAGAAGAAGAGGUGAGGAGGAAACGUGAGCAGGAGGAGAAGGAGAGAGCUGAGCAGGAGCAGACGGCGCGCGAGAUGGCGACGAGGCGGCAAGAGGAGAGGAGGCGACAGAUGGAGCGACUGCAGAAGAUGAGGGAGGAGGAGGCGAGGAGGAGGAAAGUGGAAGUGGAACAUCUGGACCUGGAGAAACAGAAGAGGCAGGAGGAGGCGUGCAAGCUCCUACAGGAGCUGAACGAGAGUGAGAGAGAUGAGUACCUCGCUAUGAAGGAGCAGGAGGAGGAAGAGAGAAGGACCACAGAGGAAGAGCACCAAAUAAGCGAAGAACAAGCUUUGAGGGACAAAGAAGAGUCCAGGGUGCAGGCGGACCAACUCCCCGCGCAGAUGGCGCUGUUGGAGCAGCAGAUGGCCUUCAAAAGGGCUCUACUGCUGGAGGCAGAGGGGAUGGCACACACCCAGGCUAUCUCCAGGCCGUGGGUCUACUCCUAUUUCACUUUGUUAAAGCUGCUGGACCUAAAGUCCACUAAGAUUUAUGAGGCCAUAAACUCUUAAAACUGCUGCAUCAGAAGUAACCCAAAUUGGAGGGUGAAAAAGCAAAACCAGUGCAGGGCCCGAAGAGGACCAAGCUGAUGCAGCAAAACUUCAGAACUGUGAGGCAGGUCUCCUGCCCUGUAUCACUGAUGUUUUGAAUAGUGGAUUUAAUAAAAAUUUUAAUAUACAUUCUAAAAUGAUAAUGUUAUUCAGCACUAACAAAACAUAGGGGUCAAGUUAUG